AUGCUUUAAUCGAAUCUAAAAACAAUAAUUAUUCUACCUUUAAAUCACCAUUUGAUUGUAGAGGUUUAAUCAACUGUUACUGUAUUUGAACUAUUUCAAAAAAUCCUAUAACACUUAAAGUAAUUCUAAAAUAAAAAAGAUAGACUUGAAGGAAGUUUUAAACAAUGGACUUGCUAUUCUGUUUCAAGGCAAAAAUGGUUGAAUAUUUUAGAGGAAAUUGGGAAUUAUUAAGAUGAGACUAUUUAUAUUAAAAUAAGACAUGAUUUAGAAUCUUAAAUUGAAAAGGUAGAGGACAUUGAAUUAAUUAUUGAUAUAUAUUAUAGCGGUGCUAAUUAUAAAGUUAGUAUAAAUUUCAAAUCAAAUGAUAUUCUUUAAUAAGUAGAGUAAGUAGUAUUAUAGUAUUGUUAAAUAGAACAUUUUAAGUAAAUAAUUUUAUUAUUCAUAUCGAGAUGUAGCAACAGUUGAUCUAUUUAUAUUUAAUUAACCUUAUAAUAAUUAAAUUAAGAGAUUUUAAACAUUUUCAGAAUCAAAUAUAAAAAAUAACACAACCAUAAUUGCUAAAAUCAGAUGGCAAGGAGCAUGA